AUGGUGACGAGAAGCAAGCUGCGGUUGGCAUUGGCCGCUGAAAAGGGGGUUGACUUUGCCAAGAUGAAGCAGCAAAAAAAAGGAAAGGAAACAGCCAAGAGAAAGGCUCUCAAAGCAGGCAACAAAGAGCGAGAAGAUGAGGAUGAGGGCGCCUCAGAUGAUGAAGUGGAGGAAGACCAAGAGAAGGUUGGAAUUGAAAUGAACCUUGACGCCAUCUACGAGAGCGAUACUUCUGAAUCUUCAAUUGAGCUUGAAAAGAAAUUGCCAAGAAAACCAGCAACUAGCAAACAGAUUUCUCAGCCAGCGGAGGAAGAAAAGGACGAGGAUGAAGACGAGGAUGAAGACGAGGAAGAAAUCCCCGUCUCCGACCUUGAAGACCUCGAAGAAGAUGAGAAAGAAGAUAUUGUCCCCCACACAAGACUGACCAUCAACAAUACGUCUGCUCUACUCGCGGCGCUCGAGAGAAUAGCCAUCCCGACAGACAAAACCGUCCCGUUUGCAACCCACCAGUCUGUCGUCUCAACUACACAAACUACGGAAUCCAUACCCGACGUAUCGGAUGAUCUGCAGCGAGAGCUUGCUUUCUACUCCCAAUGCCUGGAGGCUGUGCGCGUGGGCCGAUCUCGGUUGAUCAGCGAAGGAGUGCCAUUUUCUCGACCAAAGGAUUACUUCGCCGAAAUGGUCAAAGAGGAUGCUCACAUGGAGAAGAUCAAGGCGAAGCUGGUCGAGGAAGCGUCUGCCAAGAAAGCAGCAGCCGAAGCACGCAAACUUCGUGACUUGAAGAAGUUUGGCAAACAAGUACAAGUUUCCAAGCUCCAAGAGCGACAAAAGGCCAAGCGUGAGGUGCUUGACAAGAUCAAGACACUCAAGAGAAAACGCCAGGAGCACAGUUCUGAUGUCGGCACAAAGGAAGCUGAUAUCUUUGACGUCAGCGUUGACAACGAAAUCGCCAAACAUUCACAGCGCUCUGGGGCUGGUCGACAACAAUCAGGAGCUCGUCCUGUGAAUGCCAAGCGUCAAAAGAAGAACGAAAAAUAUGGGUUUGGAGGGAAGAAACGCCAUGCAAAAUCUGGGGAUGCCAUGAGCUCUGGUGAUCUUUCCAAGUUUAGCGCCAAGAAAAUGAAGGCCAAGUCAUCACGGCCGGGUAAAAGUAGGAGAAAGGCUGCCGCUUCCAAAUAA